GAUCGCCGGCAACGACCCAAAGGUGGUGGAACCCUUGCAGGCCGAAGCCCAUGAGCUCCGACGUACGCUGGAUCGUCACACGCAAGACGUCCUGGAGAAACAGCAGGAUCAAGCCUUAGAGAUCCCCACGGGGGCCACGGCCGCCUCCGGGCCGUACGCCGUGCGCGCGCGCGGACCCCGGACCGCGGACUUGGACCGAGCGGCUGUUCAGGUCCAGCUGUCCAUGGCGGACAAGGUUGCUGAAGCCAAG